CCAGCUCCCACUAUCAAAACAAGCCUCCAACAAUGAUUUCAGCUGCUAAAAUUCUCGAACAGAGGAGCCAUGUGGUUCCCGGGAAGCUCAAGAUCACAGAGCACUUUUUCCAAGUCCCUCGUGACUACUCCAACCCAUCGGCCGGAACUCUUCAACUCUUUGCACGUUCAGCCAGAAGGGUUGAAAAGCCCGCCGACUACUCUCCAACAACUCCCGAAGAUGCCGAGAAAUCCCAACUCCCAUGGCUGGUGUAUCUCCAAGGCGGCCCCGGCUUCGGAUGUCAGAGUCCGCAGAAUGUUGGAUGGACGCAAACAGUCCUAGACAAGGGGUAUCAGGUUUUACUCCUUGAUCAACGCGGCACAGGUCUUUCGACUGCGAUUUCCCAAUCUUCGCUUCAGUUGAGGGGUGAUGAGAAAGUACAGGCGGAGUAUAUGAAGAGUUUCCGUGCGGAUUCGAUUGUCAAGGAUUGUGAAGCUAUUCGUAAGGCGUUGACUGCAGAUUACCCGGAAGAUAAGAGAAAGUGGAGUGUUUUGGGUCAGAGUUUUGGCGGGUUUUGUGCAACCACGUAUCUGAGUUACUACCCCGAGGGAUUGAAGGAAGCAUUCCUCUUUGGUGGACUGCCUCCGCUGCGGAAUAGCCCGGACGAAGUUUAUCAGAGACUGUAUCUCAGGGUGAAGGAGCGGAAUGAGAAGUACUACGCGAAAUACCCCGAGGAUGUGGAACGCGUGAAGCGGAUUGUCAAGCUCCUAGGACGAUUCGGUGAUCAGACAGUAAGGGUGCAAGGAGGUGAAGGGUAUAUGAGUCCACGGCGGUUCCUGCAAAUGGGAAUCUCCUUUGGAAGACACGGCGGCUUUGACUACGUCCACGAGCUUGUUCUCCGCGCUGACACGGACCUCACUCAAUUCGGCCACCUGACCCGCCCCACCAUCAUGGAGAUCGAAAGCCGUGAGGGGUUUGACACAAACGUCAUCUACGCACUGCUCCAUGAACCAUGCUAUUGUCAAGGCGAAGCAUCGAGUUGGUCUGCCGAGCGCCUACUCCAGCGAUUCCCUGAAUUCGUCGUCCAAACAGGCGACUCUUAUCCCACCUACUUCACAGGCGAAAUGGUUUACCCGUUUAUGUUCGAGUGCUUCCCUGAGCUGACCAAGCUUUCCAAGGUUGGGCAUGCGCUUGCGGAGGAAAAAGAUUGGCCGAAGCUGUAUGAUGAGGAGCAGUUGGCGAAGAAUGAGGUUCCGGUUUAUGCGGCAGUGUAUUUGGAUGAUAUGUAUGUAGAUUAUAAGCUGAGUAUGGAGACGGCAGGGAAAAUCAAGGGGUGCAAGACAUUUGUGACGAAUACGAUGUAUCAUGACGCGAUUAGGAGUAAGAUGGAUGACGUGAUUAAAGGGGUUUGGGCGUUGAGGGAUGAUGUUAUUGAUUGAGCGCUAUUGUACUCGAAACGAUUGAUAAAAUGCAC